CAGCGGCUUCCUCCCAGAGAACCCGGAACCGUUUAAAGCUGUAGCAGCAAGUCCAGAGAGGCCUAAAAGUCACAAGCCCCAGCCACAAUCUGAAGCAAUGCACGCAUUUACCACCCAGAACCGGAUGGCACCCACAGUGAUCCUGGAGCCCGCGGUUGGCUGCCUUUGCGACCAGCCGGUGCACAUCACCGUGCGCGGCCUGGGCCCCGAGCAGCCCGUCACGCUGCGCGCGGCCCUGCGCGACGAGAAGGGCGCGCUCUUCCGAGCCCACGCGCGCUACCGCGCCGACGCCCAUGGAGUGCUGGACCUGGAGCGCGCGCCCGCGCUGGGCGGCAGCUUCACCGGGCUCGAGCCCAUGGGGCUGAUCUGGGCCAUGGAACCCGAACGGCCUUUCUGGCGUCUGGUCAAGCGCGACGUGCAGACGCCCUUCGUGGUGGAGCUGGAGGUGCUGGACGGACACGAGCCCGACGGCGGGCGGCUGCUGGCGCAGGCGGUGCACGAGCGUCACUUCAUGGCUCCCGGGGUGCGGCGCGUGCCGGUGCGCGAGGGCCGGGUGCGCGCCACGCUCUUCCUGCCCCCAGACCUUUUUGGACUUGGAGGCGGCCUUCUGGAGUACCGGGCGAGUCUGCUGGCUGGGAAGGGCUUUGCCGUCAUGGCUCUGGCUUAUUACAACUACGACGACCUCCCCAAGGACGUGGACAUUAUCCACCUGGAGUACUUUGAGGAAGCGGUGAACUACCUGCUCAGUCACCCUCAGGUAAAAGGUUCAGGAGUUGGGGUGCUUGGCAUUUCCAAGGGGGGUGAACUUGGCUUUGCCAUGGCCACCUUCCUGAAAAAUAUCACAGCUGCUGUCAUUAUCAAUGGCUCUGUAGCCAACGUCGGUGGAACCUUACAGUACAGGGAUGAGACCAUACUCCCGGUGGGCAUGAGCACCAAACGAAUCAAGAGGAUCAAAGAUGGCCUCAAAGACAUUGUGGAUGCCCUGAACAAUCCUCUGGAAGGAGCUGACCAGAAGAGCUUGAUCCCUGUGGAAAGGUCUGACACAACCUUCCUGUUCCUCGUUGGUCAGGAUGACCACAACUGGAAGAGCGAGUUCUAUGCCAGAGAGGCCUCCAAACGCUUGCAGGCCCAUGGGAAGGAGAAGCCCCAGAUCAUCUGUUACCCAGAGACAGGCCACUAUAUUGAGCCUCCUUAUUUCCCCUUGUGUAAGGCUUCCCUGCACAGCCUGGUGGGCGGUCCUGUCAUCUGGGGAGGGGAGCCCAGGGCUCACGCCAUGGCCCAGGUUGAUGCUUGGCAGCAACUCCAGACUUUUUUCCACAAACAUUUGGGUGGGGAAAAGAAGACAAUCCCAGCAAAACUGUGAUUUUUAUUUAAGUUUUAUUUUACUUAAGAUCUCUGAUGCUACUCUCUCCUGGGGAAGCCUCCACUGUUUUGUGUGUGUGUGUGUGUGUGUGUGUGUGUGUGUUUCUCUUUUACAUCAAUGUAGUGUCUUCCUUCCUCCAACAUUCUUUUAAACUGCAGGCCUCACUGAUAAGUCUUGGAGGGGAGUGAUUAUAGAGAAACAUAAGGCACGGCAAAAGCUGGUCUCUUGCUGAGGCCCAGGCUGCCAGUGCGCUGUAGCCUGAGAGAAAGGCCAAGUCACUGCUAAAUCCUGGACUUCAGGGAUUACUUGCUAAAUGGCUGGUUAAAGACAAACAGAUGGUUACCUGCUGCUUAGACAAACAUCAAAAAGAACUGGGCAGAUGGCUAACCAGUUAAGGGCCCACACUACUCCUAUAGGACCCAAGUUCAGUUCCCAGCACCAGGACCAAGCAGCUAUCAAUUGACUACAACUCCAGCUCUGAGAGAUACAGGGCUCUGCAUUCAUCUGACCUCCUUGGGCACCCAUACCCAUGUGUUCAUACACACAUGUACACACACACACACACACACACACACACACACACACACACACGUACACAUGCCCCAUACACACACACACACACACACACACAUACACAUGAACAAAAACACAUGGUUUAGAAUGCAUAAACAAGGACUGGAGAGAUGGCUCAGCGGUUAAGAGCACCGACUGCUCUUCCAGAGGUCCUGAGCUCGAAUUCCAGCAACCACAUGGUGGCUCACAACCAUCUGUAGUGGGAUCUGAUGCCCUCUUCUGGUGUGUCUGAAGACAGCUACAGUGUACUUAUAUAUAAUAAAUGAAUAAAUCUUUAGAAUGCAUAAA